CGGAUAUCCUUGCUCGGUUUCGCGCGGGCGGGAGUUGAAAAUGGACGUGGGAGACGACGUCGAUGACGAAUGGGUGUGGCCGAAUGAGCUCAUGGAAGCGCGACUGAUGGAAGGCAUCCUGCGUUGCCAAGUGUGUGGUGAAUUCCUUAGCGGCCCCGUGAUCCUCCAGGGAUGUCGACACACGUUUUGCUCUGAGUGCGUGCGCAAGCAUUUGUUGGCCAAAGGAACGAACGCAUCUUGUCCCGAAUGCAAAUGCGCCUGCUCAUCGAGCGACUUGAUCCCGAAUCGUCCUUUGGAACAGCUCGUCGGGCUCUUUCGUGCACUCAAACCUAAAGUUCUUCAUUUGUCGUCCUCUCCAUCGUCUGAUGGCGGAGCGACACGGUUAGCCGCGUUCACCACUGCAGUCAAUACAUCCGCUGCGCCCACAUCACUCACAUCCGAUAUCACGACACGGCUACCCACGAUUUCGUACAACGUCAUGAAGGACAGUCAAAUUCGACAGCUCAUGGACAAGGUUGGGCUUCAAGCCAUCCUUCCAACAUCCAAAGACAACAUGAUCACGUGCCACAAAGAGUACACGAUGCUCUGGAAUGCACAACUCGACACGAUGAACCCGAAGACGGCAAGUCAAGUACGCGCCGAAGUCAUCGCGAAGUUUCGACAGCGUCAGCAGGAGAAGGCCGUGAUGGCGUCUACCAGGCGGUCCUUGGGACUUCGUCCCGACGACCCCAUCGAAAAAGCCAUCACAAAGACGUCUGUACUGAACGACAACUUUCGAAAGCUUGCCGACCAAGCCAGGGCCCAGAGAGGCAACCCUUCCCAACCUCAGCCAGCUGCCUCUCCAGCCAAAAUGUCAAGCAAACCACAUGCUGCGCCGUCACCCGUACAUGCUGUGAAUAUGCAAGACGAGGCGAAGGUAGCAAGCAAUGUCAUGGCGAAUGGAGAUUUACGUUUUCUGCCGCGAGAAGCACCGGCUGCAAUGCCAAUGGCUGCACUGGAUGGGACCUGGCGUCACUUGCAUUCCACCACUCUAGACAAAUCCAUCUAUAUCCACAGUGGCAGUGCUCAAGUCACUGACGUCCCUCCAUCGCCGUUCGCAAAACCUCCACCCCUGGCGCCCGCCAAGCGGCAUGUUGAAACUUCCACGACAUGGACGUGCGCGCGGUGCACCCUUGAGAACGAGCCCCACGUCGAGAAAUGCGAGGUUUGCGGCGCUCCCACGACCAAGCCCACGCGGCCGAAGCGGUCAAGACAGAGCAAGCUGUCGUUAUAGCGGAAGCCGUGUCAAGAUGUUGACGUGUUGAAUUAAAUCGCUUUGGUCAAGUCUAUAAUCAAUCCAAGUGAACUUUGAUUUCCAC